UGUGCUAUGAUACCCUUUGCGAAAAGGCUCACCCUCGCUCUCUUUGUGCAUCCCAUCUCAGCUGGCCAGCAUGCUGCCUCCUUUCCUGGCUGCCGCCUGAAGCCCGCCUCCAUGAGUUCCUCGUUGGGACCCAUCCCCUUCCUGUUCCAGUACCCCUCCGUCUAUGGCAUGUCCCGGGUGACCGACAGCCUCUUCCUGGGCAAUGGCGAGGUGGCCAACAACAAGUACUUCCUCUAUGCCAACCGCAUCACCACGGUCAUCAACGUCUCGGUAGAGGUGGUCAACACCUACUUCCCAGACAUCUACUACAUCCAUGUGCCGGUCCCCGACUGCCCCUCCGCCCGCAUCUACGACUUCUUUGACCCCGUAGCCGAUAAGAUCCACGCCGUGGAACAGGGUCAUGGGCGCACCCUGGUCCACUGUGCUGCCGGCAUCAGCCGCUCAGCCGCCCUCUGCAUUGCCUACCUGAUGAAGUACCACGGCAUGGACCUGGCGGAUGCUCAUUCCUGGGUCAAGGCCUGCCGCCCCAUCAUCCGACCCAACAAUGGCUUCUGGCAGCAGCUCAUCCAGUACGAGCACAAGCUCUUUGGCAAGACCAGCGUCCGCAUGGUCCACUCCCCAACGGGUCCAGUCCCCGACCUCUACCAAGAUGAAGUGCGCGUCAUGAUCUCCUUGUGACAACUAAAGGGCGUAGGCACUGCCCUUGGCACCUCCGCCCUAGUAACGGCAGCAGCGGCGGAGUCGCUAUUGGAGGAAUGCGUGCACCGAUGCUAUCUCUGCUGAACUCGAAAUGAGGCAGGGUCCGAUUUGAACCUGCCGCUAGGCCGGAGAAGGGGACUUGUAGGUAAGGGUGGGGGUGGGUUGCUUUCUAUAAAUAAAAAACAAGAA